ACAACUGUCUUCCUCCUAAAAACAAGACAAACCUGUUGCUCAACCGAGUCCACUGGCCGUGAUCACAAGUUUGUUUCUAUGACACGCGGUUUUUGGACACGACUUUUUGUGUUGUUGCAUAGCAUGCUCAUCAUGAACGCGUAACCACAGGGGUGGGUCCAGAAAGGGAUUAGUGGGUUCUUGCUCUUGGUGGGGAAAGCGCCUCAGUCCAGUGUAGUACAGCGCCACGGGCAGAACAGGUGGACAGCAGGUUAGGAUGAAGCCCAGCAGCGACUUCGCCGAUCAGCUGGAUUUGAGUUUUCUGUCAGCGGAGGAGGAAGCGGCGAUCUUAAAAGUUUUACAGCGAGAUGAAAACUUGAGGAAGCAAGACACGGGACGCGUGAGGCGGCUAAAGGCCAACGCGCCAGACCCCGAGCAGUUGAGGGUGUUGACGGGUGAAUGGUUCGAGGACCUCAAAGCCAAACGCUAUGGGCAGCCAUGCGACAUCACUGCUGUGGUCAAGUGCUCCAUGCGGAAGAAAAAGACAUCUGCCCCCAAGAUCAACCCCUUCAUGAACUACACUACACCAGAGGAAGAUGACAAGGGAGGUCUCAACUCAAAUCAGUUAUCCGUCUCUAAUCACCCUCCGGCUUUUACUGAAAAGACAUACCGGGAAUACAACGAUGAAGAUUUCAAUCUCAAUUAUGAGCCCACCCCCUCUGCUUUCAGUGGUGGCCAGAAAUCACCCAGCUACCACCAAGAGGAGGACGCAUGGGGAAGGAGGCAGCCUGCCGGAAAAUCCACUAACCCUUUCCUGAGCGCACACACAGUCACCGACACACCUAUCAGCACGGCCCCAGCUGCCAGCCCUCGGCCUGGUAAUGAUUCACCAGGAGCAAACGAAUCGCCUCCUGCCGAGAGCAGCAGCAGCAGGACAUUCGCAUUCCUGCAGUCGCCUUUCAAGUCCUCCACCCCUCCCCCCUCCACUAAAGAUGUGGACGGCAGCAAGAGGGUGUCCCUACCACCUGCUUUACGCAAAGGGACAUCCGUGGAGGACAGCUGGGUGAAGAUAUCCGUCGAGCCCAACACGGCGGAUCUGAAUCAGGGAACAGGUCCGCUGUCUACAGGUACAGGGAGUGUUCGGUAUGGGUAUGGGGCCGAGGCUGAAAUCGAGCCCCACACGAGCUGCUCGUCGUCUGACUCGGAGGAGUCGCAGGCUGUCCCUCGGACGCCUAGCGAGCCGGUGCUAUUGAGCUACAAUCCAAAUGCCUCGGAGGACGAGGAGGAGAACAUUCCUCACGUCGUCAGCGCCAGGCCGGUCCCUCGUCAGAGGUCGUUUGCAAAGGGGCCUCGUAACCUUGACCCUGACCUUGACACUGAAACACCUGAAGCAGCAGCAGCAGCAGCAGCAGCAGCAGCAGCAGUAGCAGCAGUAGCAGAAGACAAGGCCCUGUUUGGCCAGGCCUCAAGCUCGAGCUCGAGCUCCUCAACCACUGCACCGACGGAAACGGCGAUAAGUUAUGAAGUGGCUUCCUCCAGAUCUCUAUCUCCUGGACUCAUUUCCUGCCACAGCAGCAGCAGCAGCAGCAGGGAGCAUCAGUCUACAGGGGGCCAUGAUGACAGACGAGUGCGAGAGGAGGAAGAGGAAGCGAAGGAGAGAGAGAACGAGAGUGAGGGAGAGAUCACACUGAAGAAGAAGCAGCCCCGCAUGAACUUCUUUUAUCAGUCACGAGGCACCUCAAACGACACACCAGCCACAGGUGGUGGUGGUGCAGGUGGUGCUGAUGAUAGCGGUAGUCGUGUUGAAGAAUCUGAAAGAAUUAAAGUGUCAGACCCACCACCACCACAAGAUCCACAUGCAAGUGCUUAUGUGCCUUUCAAAAUGGCCUCACGCUUAGAAGUGUCUGUGAAAGAGGGAGGAGAGAAAGGGAAAGCGGAAGAGACAGGUGCGAGUAGAGCUUUUGGUGUUGGCAGUAAGGCCUUCACGCCUCGCCAGCCAAAUAAAAGUCUGUCGAUAGAGAGCGAAGAUUCUCCAAGAAACAUCAGAGAGCCUGCUGUUGCUGUUGCUGUUGCUCAGCCUGCUGCUGCUCGCCCGGAACAGCCCGGAGAAGACAAAUUGGAUGAUUUUUUCUGCAGCCCUCCCGAGACGGAGUAUAAAAUUCCAAAACUGAGCUCUCGCCUCCUUAUUCAUGCAGGGGAUGAGAUCGUUUGUAGUGAUUUAAGCUACGCGCCGCCGUCAGGCGAUGGGCGCCGUGCCAGCCAGAAUGAAAACGAGAGAGUUGAAAGGGAAAACGUGUUUGAGGCUACAAUCAGGCAAGAUGAAUUUGGAAUGAAUCAGAGGCAGGCGGAUAGGGAUAGGGAACCACCUGCAGCUGGCCAAUCACCAACCACCCCACAACACACACAGAGAUCAGGACACGACGGGCCUCAUCUUGAGGUCAAGUCAGCGAGGGUACGUUUCUCACCCUUAGCUACAACAACAACAAAAACAACUUCAACAACAGUGGAGGACGAACAGGCAAGCACGCCUGCAAACUAUCGCCUCUUUGAAAGCAUGCAGUCAGGCCCUGCUGAAGAGGCCAGGAGAGGCGAGGGUUUAGCAGCAGAGGAGGAGGAGGAGGAAGAGGGUGAUGUGGACGACGGGGGUGAGAAGGACAUGUGGGCGGUGGAGGAGGACGAGGGGGGUGAGAAGCGGACGCCGUUCCUAAUGAGGUCUCGUGUGGCCCGCAAGGUGCUGCCUUCGCGGUUUAGUGAUGACCACAUGACCAGGGGCCGGGAUAGGGGACAGAGACAGGGACAGGGAGAGGGACAGGCCAGGGACCAGCUCUCACACUCAGCCCCAGAGGAAGUGACUGCCACUGGGGGAGGAAUCGAAACGAGCCCUGACCUCCUCAAAUACGACCACCAGGGAGACGAGUGGCGCCCCUCCACCUUCUCCGCCUCCUCCUCCGCCUCCAGGCCCCACAGGGUCACGUUUGGCAUGGCGGAGGAUUCUCUCACCCCCGUAUCGACGCGUGCUGGCGUGGACUCUGAAGACACAGCAGUGACCGUCACCACCGUGCCCUCGGGCACAGCUGCAAGUGACACGAGUCUUAGCAGUAGCAGCGAUUUCGAGGUGACAGAAUUUAACUAUAGAAAGCCCACCGUGCCUUCUGGGUUUGACAGGCAGGAAAAACAUGAGAAGGAUAAUGAUGGUGAUGCGCGUACAACUGUAGAGUCUUCCACGUCAAGCAACCCCUUUCAAGUGUGGCGAGGAAACCCCUUUGUGCCAGCCAUUGCCAGUGCCGGUGGUGGUGACCAUGUGCGUGUGUCUGUGGAGGAGCCCGUGGCCCCUGAACAUGUGUCCUCAAGUGUUGAUGUGCGUCCUCUCAUUAGGCCCGAGGACCAGCCCGAACCCACAAGCGUACAGAUGGGAAGUUACAAAGUCCCCUCCAUAGUCAUCAUGCCCUCCGAGACUCAGCAUGUAGAGCUGAAAAAAGAGGGUGGGAAGUCCCCCAUGCCCAAGGCUGUCAAGGGCAUCGUUGCAUCUGCAGAGGGCGAGGAUGACACGUUGGACACAGACGAUGAUGACCAGAGCUCAGUGUCCAGUUUUGGCUCCGAUCUCUCUGGCAGGAAGAAUCACCUCGGCAAUAAAUCCUUCGCAGGGCGCACAGGCAGUCUGCUGAGCAUCUACAGUGAGGCGGGCGACUUUGGGAACGUGGUGGUGCAGGGAGCGGUGGAGUUCGCCAUGAUGUACAGUCCAGCGGAGGAGCUCAUCAUCAUGGUGGAACAGUGUCAGGACCUCGCCCACGGCAACGCUCGCAAACAACGCACAGACCCGUAUGUGAAGACCUACCUCCAUCCAGACAAAUUCCGACGUACAAAGAGGAAGACCUCCAUUAAGAAACAGACGACCAACCCGGUCUUUGUUGAAUCGCUCAGGUACAAAAUUAAAAAGAGAGAACUGCACGACAAGACGCUGAAUCUGUCAGUGUGGCACAAUGACUCGAGGGGCAGGAAUGUGUUCUUGGGGCAGGUGGAGCUCGACCUGAACACCUGGGAUUGGGGACACGAGGCUCUAACGUGGUACAAUCUCCAGCCCAAGGGUGGAGAUGCACAUGAAUCUCAGGACUAUCGAGGAACACUGUUUGUGGCCGUGAAAUAUGUUCCUCCAGCCAGCACAGGUAAACUUUUAUUAUCUCACACCCACCUUAUUGGGCUAACCUUAAUCUAAUAUCGACCUAAUUCACCUUUAACAAGCUGAGGAAGAGUGUUCUCUUCCAAGAUGGUUUUCCUUCAUAACAAAACUAAUGCUAGUUAUGUACAAUAACAUUGUUUUACCUAGGGACUUUGUGAAAAAUGAUGAUGGGUGUUACUGACAUUUUUCACCAAAACGCCAGCCACACAUCCUCCCUACACUCGCAUACACUUCCCGACACGCACAGACCCUUACAUUGACACGCAAGCGCACUUGCGCACACACAUAGACCCAGACACCUGUUAGCAUCGCCUACACACCUCAGCCAAACUUUUGCCUUUUACCGCGCCUAUCGCGAAAAUGCACACAUGUAACAAACACACAUAUUCCUCAGUUAAACAUGAAUACUGAUUGGUUUGCUGUAUGUCCAAUCAGUAUUCUCCUGCAGAUUGUGAGCCCUUCAAAAGGGCAGGGGUUUUCAUUUGUGCUAGAGAGGGCCAGGGGAAAGCAUGCUUGCUGUGAAGCUGUGCAGAGAAGUAAUUGCAAACAAAGUGCUAUUGAAAAAGUUAUUGAAAGUCUUUUGUUGUAGUUAUAUUUGAGUUGCCUGAUUGAGACCGGUUUUCUUUUUCGUUUAUUCUCAGUUUUUGUUUUCUCUUUUUGUUAAGUCACUUACUGCACUGUAAAUAAACUCGCACC